AUGUUAAAACGAACAGUAUCCUCUCUCGUUUUGGCUACUAUUAACAAUCGUCGUUUAUUUUCAUUGACAACAAUAUCAAAUCGGCAAACAACUAGAAACGAUAAUGAAUAUUCAGAUGAAGUCAAUAAUCAACAUCGUCAAUUUAACAAAUUUCAUCCACGUUCAUCGAACUUUAAAAAUAGAAAUAAAGAUGUUAAAGAAGAAGAAUUAAAUGAUAUCAAACCUAAAUUUAAUAGAUAUAAUACCACUCGAUUACAUUCAAGAAAUCCAUCAAAGAAGAAAUCAAUCGAAGAUGAUGAAGAUGAUUUAUUUUCUGAGGAGAAAGAUAAUCUAACAAUGCUUGGAACAGACACAAAAGCUUUUUCUUCAUCAUCGAAUAAACCUAUUCAAAAACCAAGUUCUACCGCUAUUUCUUUGAAUAAAAGAAAAGAAAUUUUAAAUGUACCACUCGAAGUUUUAAUUCAACCUGAUUUACGUGAUCUAUAUACUGAUGAAAACAUUCAUCAAUCUCUUGAAGUUUAUAUCAAUGAAAUGUAUCCAGCUCUUCGUCCAUUUACAUUCGAUUUAGCUUAUUUAAUAAAUGAAUCGGAAACAUUAAAACGUUUUAUUGAAAUGGGUGUGGAUGUUUACCGUUGGAAUCAACCUAAUGCCAAGGCAAAAUAUAUUUUAACACUUAAUUUUGAACGUGAUUGUCUCCAACAUCUUGUUUUUCUUAAUGAAUUAGGUAUUAAAAAUAAAUCUCUUGCAAAAUUUCUUAGUUACAAUCCAUGGAUAUUUAAAGAAACAAUCGAUGAUCUACGUACACGUGUCAAUUAUCUUGAAAGUAAAGGAUUUAAUCAAGAAAAUAUUUGUGAUAUACUUACGCGUGCACCAUUUCUAAUUAAUUUAAGUACAAAAAUGCUUGAUACAAAAUUAAAUUGGUUUAGAAAAAAAUUUCAUUUAACUGAUAAGGAAGUUCAAGAAUUUGUUCUUAGUGCACCGAAACUUAUAACUUUACCAUUACAAGAUAUAAGUAAUACAUAUUUUAAUAUGAAUACACAAUUAGGUUUUGAAUAUGCUGAAUUAAAAAAAAUAUUUAAUCAAUAUGCAAAAUUAUUUAUUUAUGAUUAUAAAUUAAUUGAAUUAAAUUUUGAUUUUCUUUAUAAUGAAAUGAAUAUAACUCGACAACGUUUAAUAGAUUAUCCCCCGAUACUUAAACAAAGUUUUCAACAAUUAAGAACACGUUGUUUGUAUUUAAAAUAUUUAAAACGUCAUCAAUUUGAUCCAACAAAACCAAAUUUUGUUUCAUUAAAAGAUCUUUGUUUAAAAACAAAUGAACUUUUUUGUCAACAUGUAACAAAAACAUCUCCGGGACAUUAUCUAAAUUUCAUGAAAACGUUGUAA